CUUUGUGCUCCCGUUUGGCUGUCCGUCCUGAAGGUGGACAAUCACAUAUCUCACUUCGUCUCUCAUCGUCCGUCUCUGACCUACCCAAUCGCCGCCCAAACAACAUGACCCACCCAAGAUUAUCAAAGUGGUUUUCGGGCUCUGCGUACAUCCCGGUGUCAAACCACGACCAUGAAGAACGAGAUGCCGGUAUGACUUACAAGGACGAAGAGGGGGGGACGACGGAACAGGCUCACCUUGGGUCCUCGUCAAAACCGGCUUCGAGGGAGAUCACUGCCCCGUCAGGCGUUUUCGCGUCUUUCAAGAAUGCUACGACUUCCUUGAAGGUCAACGGCCUGAUGUUGUUGGGCAUUCUUUGCUUGUUGGGGUUUAUCAUUGCUCUUGCGGUGCCCUCGGCGCACCAUUCCCACGCGUCGCGCCAAAGACCCCCCAAACAGCACCCGCUUGGGACGCAACACCACGAGGCACAGGACAGGCCUAAGCAAGUACCUCAUGUGCCCCAAUGCGGCUCAACACCCGUGGAAGCAAAAACACGCAGCUGCAUGUUUGAGCAGCAACUCGGGGCCUGGGUGCCUCAAGCCUGUGCUUGGAAGGAGAUUGUUGACGAGUUUCAUGAUGUGGUCGGGGACAUAUACACCGAAUGGUCCUGGUUCUGGGAUGCCGACCUCAAGCGUGAGGUGAAUGCAGCCAGCAUCCCGGAGCUACAGAACGGCAACUUCUCGGUCAUCUACACAACCUAUCCUCGAGCACAUGAUCUCCAUUGUUUAUAUUGCUGGCGGAAGGUCGAAUAUGCACUCGAGCACGGUGUAGAGUGGAUGGACGCCCGUUGUCAUCAAUUCUGGCACACCAAACACUGCGUAACCCUCAUUGCGGAAACAUUGACGGACCAGGCUGAGGAGCACCGGGGGUUGACUUAUCCCUUGUUGUAUCACGAUUGUGUACGACUCACUUCGACAAAGGAGUCGUGACUGAAGCACCACGCCCGGGGGUAGUUGGUUAGGGUUCAAAUCUUUAAGGAGCGCAGGGUUUUUGUAUUAUCUAGUCAGUGGAGUUACGUCGUAGAUUCGUUUGCGAUUCAAAUUAGAGGACCAAGACACCUACUUUGAGUUAGUGGCCC